AUGGACAAACCUCCAAAAGGAAAGGACCCGACUAAACGACUUGGGAAGAAGAUCCCUAAUGAGUCUGAACACAUUAAGUGGAAGGAUGAUGUUGUUGUGCCAUGUGGAAAGUCGAUCAUUGAAGAAGAUAAAGGGCCAGGCUGCAAUGUGUUCCGGAAGUGGGGUCGAAUUAGCAAUGAAAAAAUUGGAGGAAAUAAGUUGGAAGAAUUGAGUAAGUCUGAUGCAAUUCAAGAAUUUAAACGGUUGUUUCUUGAAAAGAUUGGGAAUUCAUGGGAGGCAUGGGAACAAAAGAAACUUCAGAAGCAACCUGGACGAUUCUACCCCUUGGAAAUUGUAUUUAUACUUCCUGAUGGACAAUAG